UAUAUAUGUGUCAUGCAGCCAGAUCCCAGGGCUGAAUUUCCAAGCCCUGAAUCUGACUUCAUAACAUAAACAUGCGAGCACCUGGCGGGAGAAGAUAAAAUGAGCCUGGGAACUCAGGGGUGAAAGUAUAAACAAUUAUAAUUGCUGUAGUGGGGGGGGAUAGAAACCUUGGUGGAAAUGUGAUCCAGAAGGUGGGGUUUGAUGAUGAUAUUUGCGUGUGAUACUACGUUGCAUCAGAAGUGAUAAAAUUAGAUGUAUGUAAACAUUAGAUCAUUCUCGACUUUUCCAAAGUCAUGUAUUCUUCAAUAAAGAUUGUGUUUGAGAGCAGCUGUCUUUGAUCUGCGUUCAGACUGGUCCUUUGAAGUGAGCCUGACAUUAAAGUCGAGAAUCCCAUUUCUCACCCUCCUGCGGAAUUCGCAGUGAAGUGAUAAUGAGCGAGGAAGAAGAUCAAAGCCCAAAUGAGGCAGAGAGGCCUUUGCAAGGGGCCCGGCCGAAGAGAGAAGAGACGCUGCAAGCCAUAGCUUCCUCUACGGGGUACCCCAAGCCGAACGGCGUGACCCAGAGAAUUCCCAGGCUCGGAAGAGGCGUCUCUGCAGCUGCAGAAACCAGUUGGGGAUCUGGAGGAAGUAUGCCGGAGACCGUGGCCCUGCGGUUAUCCAUCCUGGAAACUAAUUUAUCCAGGCUGUCGGAAACCGUGGGGAGAUUGGUGCCAUUAUUGGAAGAGAAUCUCCAGAAGGAGGCCAGCCGAUAUGGCGCCGAGAGAGAACCAAGCAAAGAAGGAGAUUGGAGCCAGAGGGGCCAGCGGGCGUCAACGCAGAGCCCCGUGGCGGCAAGGGACGAGGGAGAUGAGGAAUACUGGCAGGAGCUGCAGUUCCGGGACAGCAUGGCGCGAGAAGUGGAGCGUCAGCGAGCCCUGGGGACCCUGAGGCCGCCGUCUCCAACAGAGCUCCCAACCCCCCGAAUGGGCGUCGGGGUGGAAAGGCCACUGGGGCCAGGGAUCGGGUCCAGUGGAUUCGCAGACGAAGGCGGAGAGGAGCGGGGGGUCCAGGAAGAGGAGGAGGAUGUGCCGUACGACGAGGAAAGGCGAGAUGAGGGGGCUACAGCUAGGCCAGUAUGCGGAUGGGCGGAAGAGCCAACAGCGGCGGCAGACUUCCAGGAGCCGCGCAGAAUGACCACCGGAGUGGGGCGCGGCGUGUUCCAAGGAGCCACCCGAGGAAACCUGAUGCAACCCUUCCCCAUGCCGCCCAGACAAUAUCAAAGGGCUGCAGAAUGGAUGCCUAGAAGGGAAGAUCUCAAGCUGGAAUACGGAGGGGAAUCAGAGGAACUGAACUUUUUUCUAAUUAGCAUUAGAGGAUACAUGGAAGACAACGCACACACAUUUCCCUCCGAAGCAAGCAGGGUUCGAGCCAUCGGCAACACACUAAAGCGAGGAGCAGCCAGCUGGUAUGUGCAAUUGCAUGCCAGACGCGACCCAUGCCUGAGGUCAGUGCCCCGCUUCCUCGCCGCACUGGAGAACCGGUUCAGAGACCGGCUAGAGCAAUUGAGGGCUCGAGACCAGCUGAAAGGAAUAAAACAGAGGGACAAAACGGUGCCCGAGUACGCAGAGGAAUUCCUCCACCUCGCGGAAAGGGUACCGGAGUGGUCUGAAGUAACCAAAGUGGAACUAUUUAAAGAGGGACUACGCCCCGAGAUUUUCAGCUGGGCAGCGCACAGAGACGACCCCGAGACGCUCCAGGGAUGGAUCCAACUAGCGGGGCGCGUCGAAUCUACCCUGGCACAAGUAAAGCGCUUCAGGAGCAGCAGCGGCCAGCAAAGACCGGUGGCGAGAGGUCGAGGAGAAACGAGGAAGCAAGAAAGACCCGGAGGGAGGCCGGGGAUUCCCUCCAGAGGAGACGACAACAAACCUAAACCGGGAUGCUUUGUAUGUGGGAAGACGGGCCACCGAGCAGCGGAAUGCUGGGCCCGGAAGGGGGAGCCGCCAAAAGCCCCAAAGCCCAAGCCAGCAACCGGGAGGCGUGCGGAGGAGGAGGUGCAGGCCCCAGAAUCUUCGGAAAGAUUGGACUAUGGUGAAAGAAGAACCGAAGAGGAGGACGAAGAAAACGGGGGCGCCAUGUCAUGCAGCCAGAUCCCAGGGCUGAAUUUCCAAGCCCUGAAUCUGACUUCAUAACAUAAACAUGCGAGCACCUGGCGGGAGAAGAUAAAAUGAGCCUGGGAACUCAGGGGUGAAAGUAUAAACAAUUAUAAUUGCUGUAGUGUGGGGGGGAUAGAAACCUUGGUGGAAAUGUGAUCCAGAAGGUGGGGUUUGAUGAUGAUAUUUGCGUGUGAUAUUACGUUGCAUCAGAAGUGAUAAAAUUAGAUGUAUGUAAACAUUAGAUCAUUCUCGACUUUUCCAAAGUCAUGUAUUCUUCAAUAAAGAUUGUGUUUGAGAGCA